AUGAAGCGUCGUGAACUUUCAAGUACUUAUAUAACAAAGUCAAAUCAAAGAUGGAUGAAAUUGCGAACGACUGUUCAAAUUUCAUCAGCUAUAGCACCAAAGAAACCGCCACUCAAACGUGAAGAUUCCUUUUUGAAACGAUUCUCAACGAGACAAAUACAGGAACCUCAAGAAACAGUUGAAGACACUGGCUCCGAAGGACCCGAUAUCGAAAAACUUACUCGACGACGAAAACGAUUCAUGAAACCACCACGAAGCGUGGUAAAUCCGGAUGAAAAUUUUUACUUCUAUUGGCUGAUGGUGCUUACAUUAUGUGUCUUAUACAAUUUAUGGACAUUGAUUGUUCGACAAAGCUUUCCUGAACUUCAGGAAAAAGCGUCAGAGUUUUGGAUAGUCUGUGACAGCUUGACUGAUGUUGUAUUUGUAGUGGAUGUUGUGGUGCAACUGAGAACGGGUUAUUUAGAGCAAGGAUUAAUGGUUUAUGAUAGCAAAAAAUUGGCAUCUCAUUAUUUACGCUCAAAAAAGUUUUUAUUGGAUUUAAUGUCAUUAAUACCAUUAGAUAUUUUGCAAUUUCGUUUUGGACCAAAUCCGUUGUUACGAUUUCCUCGUUUUCUAAAGGUUUAUAGAGUUGUUAAAUAUUAUUAUAUUGUUGAAAGUAGAACUGUGUGGCCCAAUUUGUGGCGAGUGGUAAAUUUGAUACAUAUUCUACUCAUCCUCGCACAUUGGUUUGGAUGCUUUUAUUAUCUCCUAUCGGAAGCAGAAGGCUUUCAGGGAGACUGGGUUUAUCCUUUCCGUCCAGGUGAUUAUGCUACGUUAACUAGAAAGUAUUUAGGCAGUUUAUAUUGGUCAACAUUGACUCUCACUACAAUUGGUGAUCUUCCAACACCGGAAACAAAUGCUGAACCUUCCGAUUCGGCGGACGGCCCAAUUUCAAUCCCAAAGCGUGGUCUCAAAUCACGUCUUCUACAAUUCAACUCGAAUUACGGGUAUAUUUUUACUAUUGUGAGUUACCUCAUCGGUGUAUUCAUUUUUGCCACAAUUGUGGGACAAGUCGGAAAUGUGAUAACAAAUCGUAACGCAAAUCGAUUGGAAUUCGAACGUCUAUUAGAUGGUGCAAAAACUUAUAUGAGACAUCAUAAAGUGCCGGGUGGAAUGAAGCGUAGAGUAUUACGAUGGUAUGACUAUAGUUGGUCACGUGGACGAAUUCAAGGUGGAGGUGAUAUAAAUACAGCCUUGGGUCUUCUGCCUGAUAAAUUAAAGACAGAAUUGGCGCUUCAUGUCAAUCUCAGUGUACUAAAGAAGGUUACAAUUUUUCAAGAAUGUCAGCCUGAAUUCCUACACGAUCUCGUGCUUAAGAUGAAGGCGUACAUCUUCACACCAGGCGACUCAAUUUGUCGAAAAGGCGAAGUAGCUAGAGAAAUGUUUAUAAUAGCUGAUGGCAUAUUAGAAGUGCUGAGUGAAACGGGUAGAGUUUUAACGACAAUGAAGGCUGGUGAUUUUUUUGGGGAAAUUGGCAUCCUUAAUCUUGAUGGAUUGAAUAAACGUACGGCCGACGUUAGAUCUGUAGGAUAUUCCGAACUGUUUUCAUUGUCACGUGAAGACGUAUUAGCAGCUAUGAAGGAUUAUCCCGAAGCCCAAGAAAUUCUCCAAACACUAGGUCGUAAGCGUUUAAUGGAAGUAAGAUGUAUAAAUAAGAAGCAUGCAGCAAAAAGAGACGCAGCAUUGGCAGAAGCUCAUGCUGCACAGCAAUUACAAGGCGAUAGCAGUGACAAUAGUGCUUCAAAGCGAAUCUUAGAUAAAGUUAAGAACGACGUCAAAGGAUUAAAAAAUGUUUUGAAAAAAUCUAGAGGAAAUACUCAUCGUAAAAGUGAUGAAUCGAUAGAGCUUCAACCGUUACAGGGUCAAAAAUCAUCGAAGGGAGUUUUGCGACGAAUGCAAAGGGUAAAGUCUGACGACUUAAAUGCUGAUGAUGAAGAAUGUCCAAAAGAAGACAAAAAGGAGGAAAAAAUUUCUAGUCCUAUUGGUGCUGGUCUACCUUUGUUGCAACGAUUACGUCUUUUAAAGGAAAAACAAGAUCGCGAAGAGCGAGCCGUAAAGCACUCCACACCUGUUGUUUCACCUCCACACACUCAUGUUUCAUCUACCAUAUCACCACAGGCUUCUAUACAAGAAGAACCAGAACCAGAGAUUAUUGGCGCUGGAUUACCUCUGUUUCAUCGAUUGAAGCUGCUCAAGGCGAAAGAGGAGAAGGAACGACAUCCAAAAGAGAGUCAAUCGAGGCUGAGUGUAUCAUCACAAGGGUCGUUUUCGAGAAAAGCUAGUUUGAGCCCAACAUCACCAACAUUCAAAAAAGAUACCGCAACGACAUGCGAAUUAGGCAUAUCGAGGACGAACUUAAAAGUUUCAUUUAAGGAUCGUUUAAAAAAUUUGCAAAAAGAAGCGACAAAGGAAGAGACGCCUGGGAGUAAUGAGUCGUUGGAAGUAAAACAGCAUUUACUACCGUCAACAUCAGCAUCCUUAUCAUCAUCAACUACGACAGCAAAACCAAAGAAGCCAUCAACAACAAAGCAAUUAAGAGAGAAAAUAAGAGCGUUUGGUCAUAUACCAAAAGAUGAAUUGACACCUUGGUCGAAGCUUAAAUUAGCAACGGUUGUUAGUUUAGGUGGCAGUUAUACUUCAUUAAGUAAUAACAUAACUGAAGACUCACCAAAGUUGUCUAAAACAUCAAUAAAAUCUUCCAUGCCUAUUAAUUUAAAUAGUAUUACAAAUAAGUUAGAUGAACCCUCCAUUCCAUCAUAUAAAGAGUUCAACGUUAAAGUUGAACAAAAGACAAGCGUUAGUGAUAGCGAAUUGAAAAGUGAUACCACAGACACAAUCAAACGCAAACCGAAACCAUUUAAAUUAAGUGAACCAAAAAAUUAUCGGUCUGUGGAUGAUUUAUCACCAGAAUAUAGUGGCCUUCCAUUUGUGAAAAAGCUUAAAAUUUUAAAUGAACGUCAAAAGCUUGCUGAACUUGAAUCCGUAAUUCAGACAACCCGAAGUAUGAGCCUUGAUUGUACCGAUUCCAGUAAUUCGAGUGAAAUGAUUGAAAUUCUAACCCGAAGUCAUAGUGAAGCAUCUUGCAUGAUACGUCCAAAGUUAAAUGCAACCCUAAGUUCUCCUAUUGCAUCAGUUGCACCACUACCGAAUGCGCAUCAUCCCUUCGUUAAAUCCCCAUUAAGUCCCGAAUCAAACGAAACAUUAGAACGAAAGCAAUUGAAGAGCAUUUUAAAGAAAUUAUCAGAAGAUCGUUUAUCGCAGAAUGUAUCAACAUUAAAAUGUGGCGAUCGACAGGAUAUGAAGAAGUUGAUGAGAGCUCAAACACUUGAGGGGUAUGUGGCACGUCGUACCAAAUUUACGAAAAGCGUAACCUUCAAUCAUACUCUUUCCAGUCCUCCCAGUACGACACUGACCGAAGAACCUGAUGAAUCAUUGAAAUUAUCCCCGCUCAACUCCUCAUAUCCUCCCGUCUUUUCACCCUCACCCAAUCAAGCAUUUAAAUCCAUUACGACAAACGCACAAGAUCUUUCAACUCAUACGGUUGAUAAUUCUCAUCAUCUUCAUCAGCAUCAUCAUCAAAUUCAUCAUCAAAAUAUUAUAAAUACGAAUAUCAAUAUAUCCGACAUGAGUACAAAUAGAUUUAACUACAGAGAUGAUGCUGCUAUUGUUGUGCAACCGCCACCUUUCGAUGAAUCAGUCGUACAAAAAAUUGAAAAUAUUCCACCGACAUCAACACAAAUACCACCACCCUCCCGACAAGAACUUUAUAAUCAUUAUAAUCUCAGUAAUAAUAUUAAUAAUAUCAACACAAAUUCAACAAUGGGAACAUUAGCGUUUCUUUCAGAUAACUAUGCCGAGAGGAAACUCAUUAAAGGUUCCAUAGAAGAACAAGAGUAUUAUUCGGAUAUACUACUAGGAAUUAAAGCGGUUAUACAAUCGCAUAUUAAAGGCUUGCAAGAUCGAUUUCAAGACAAGUAUGUGAGUCUUGAGUUGGAAGUACAGCGGAGAGAUGACGUGAUUACUGAGCUACAAAAUCGCUUGAGGGAUUAUGAGUCGAACUCAAGAAUUACUCCAAUUAGGGAGAGUGAAAGAGAUUUGUCCGGAAGCACUGGCUCUUCAGCUGAACUACCUUUCAUGAGAGGUGAUUCACAAGAUACAAUAUUCCAUUUUGCAUCUCCACCAUCUGAACAUGAAAUGUCAGAGAGACGUCAAAAGAUUAAAAGAAGAUUUUCAUCGCAACAGGAAAGCAGUCGUUCAUGGGAUGAGAGCAGUGAUCCUGAAAGUUUUGAUUCUGUACAAAGAUUAUCAUCUCCCCCACGCAAUAGUAAUAUAGUCGUUUCGAAUCUGACUGGAAACAUUGUUGGUGACAGUGUUGUUGUGAAUAUUGAAGACUCAGAGGAAUCAACAACGUCUAACGAGUCCCAUACCGAUGAAGAAGAGAUGGAAGGGGAGAUUGAAAUUGAGAAUGAGGAAGAAGGGGAUGAAAAUUUUCAUCAUAAUGACUGGGAGGUGAGAAUGCUUGCAGCUGAGCUAAAAAAGCGUGAAAGUAUUACAGAAUUCGCGAAUGAAUCAAGUGAAAAUGAUGGAUUGCUUCGGAGACGUAAACGACGAAGUGAUACGGAUACGGAUGCUAGUGAGAAUGAAAAUAUAGCUCGUUCAUCUAGACCACGAGCAGCAAGUCUUGAUCAACACAACUUACGAAAGCAACAAUAUAAAUGUCGGGGUGUCUUCAAGGCAAUGAGCUUUGAUCGCGACAAGGAUCAGCUUUGAGAAUUAGAAUUCUCCUGUGAAAUUGCUUUCAUUAAUCAAGUCAUUAAAUAUUAAUUGGUGAAACGAAGACAAUUUAAGAAUUUAAUAGAAUGAAUUUUAAAGCUAA